AUUAUAAAUUCUUUUGGGCUUCGACUUUAAUUUUCAUUGGAUCAUAUUCAAGGUUUUUUUUUUUUGUUAGUUUACGUUAUGAUUAGAUUAAUUUAGGUAGUCCCUUUUUAUAAUAUGGUGAAUAAUUUUUUCUUUUUUUCAGAAAAUAAAGGGCAAGCUUUUGGCAUGUGUUAUUUGUUUUGUUUUGUUUUUGUUUUUUUUAAUACACAUUUGUUUUGCUUGGUUACGAAGUAUUUGUUUCUAUAUAUAGUGUUAUGUUGUUGGCAAUCUAGCGGUAGAGGAUUUUUUUUUUCUUUCACGAGAAUUGAGGAGAGUGAGUAAUAGAUAGUGGACAGAAGCUUGAGAACAAAACCCAUUGUUUUGGGGCACUUUGAAGUUGAACGGUUUCAUUAAUUAGUAAGCCUUCAGGAUUAUGGUAGUAGAAUAGUAGCAAAACGUUUCAUGAAACUGAUCAGUGAUUGUUCGAAAAUUCAUUUUCUUUCAUAUUAGUCAAGUUUUAUGAUAGUCUUAAAGAAAUGUUCAUUUAUGCUUUUUCUAAUGAAGUUUUACUUCUCUUUUCAUUUUAAGUAAAUGGUCAAGAGGAACUUGGCAAAGUUUAACAAGACAAUGGGAUUUCAAAUAUCACAUUCCAAUAGGCAGAAGCGGAAACCUUUCUUGGGUCCAGAGACUGAUCAUGACAAUGAUGAUGGUAUCAAUGGCUCUGUGAUAGGGAGAUUAUUAAGCCCACCUGAUGUUGCAGGCUAUGCUUCAUGGCUGCUGAAGCACCCUUCUGCUUGGAGCUCAUUUGAUUCCGUUAUGAAAGAAGCCAAGGGCAAAAAGGUCGUAGUGUUUUUAGAUUAUGACGGCACCCUUUCACCUAUUGUUGAAGACCCUGAUAAGGCCUUUAUGUCCGCUGAGAUGCGUGCGGCAGUGCGUGAAGUUGCAAAGUAUUUUCCGACAUCUAUUAUCAGUGGUAGGAGCCGAGAUAAGGUUAAAGAAUUUGUACAGUUAAAUGAUGUAUAUUAUGCUGGGAGUCAUGGGAUGGACAUAAUGGCACCACCCAGAGCAGUAAAGUCCUGUGAUAAAAAGGGGAAUGAAGGAGGCUUUCAACCUGCCAAGUUAUUUUUACCUGCAAUUCAAGAGAUAUCAUUAGAGUUGGAAGACAAAAUUAGAGAAAUACAAGGUGCUAGGAUAGAGGACAACAGAUUUUGCAUCUCAGUGCAUUAUCGACAAGUUCCACCAAAGGAUCACAGAAUUCUAAAGGAGAAAGUGAAAUCCCUGGUUGAAAAUCGUCCCGAGUUUCGUCUGACUGAGGGUAAAAUGGUUUUAGAAGUCCGGCCAUCAAUAGAGUGGAACAAAGGUGAUGCCCUGAAUUAUUUGCUUAACACUUUAGGAUUCAGCAAUCAUGCCAAAGAUGUUCUGCCAUUGUACAUUGGAGAUGAUCGAACUGAUGAAGAUGCAUUCAAGGUCAUAGCAGCUAGACGGGAAGGGUUUCCCAUCAUCGUUUCUUCCAUUCCAAAAGACACCAUAGCUUGGUACUCCUUGCGCGAUCCAUCAGAAGUAUUAGCUUUCCUAUUACGUCUAGCAAAAUGGAAGAAAUCGUAGAUUCCCUUCUUCAAGUAGAUUUUCUUGGUUAUGUCAGCGUUUUAUAUAUAUAUGUAGUAGUAACAGUAUAUAUACUGAAAUAACAGAGGAAAAGGGUCUUCCAAUGGAUGGAUCACUUUAGUUUUUUUUUUCCUAAAACUAUUGUGUAUCCAUCCAGCUUUGAAAAUGAUAUCAGUUGUCAUUUUAAGCUCAGCCUGCAAAUCCCUAUUUUUUUUAGCCUUCCUUUUUAAUGUGAAGCAGUUUAUAGUCUUCAAAUUACUGGUUUGAAUCAGUGGUAGUCACCCUGAGAACUAGAGCGGCCAUUGUCCCCUCUAAGCUUUGAAACUUUUUGGUAUGUUGGAUUGUUAAAUUAUUUAUAUGAAGGGACCUUUUAUUUUCCUUUUGAUUGGUUUCUUCCACUGGCAUUUUGGUGUUAUAUCCUUACACUUUGUGUUUCACUUUUCAUAGAAAGAAGAAAAAGUUCAGUUGGGUCAUUAUCAGGUUUUAAAUUGGCCCAGCUCUCCGAACUGAGGAAUAGGAAUUUUCCAAUAGGGAAUUAAAGGGCAUAAAAAUGUUGAUGGGCCAUGGACAUACAAAGUCCAAUUUCAACUUGGGGUCUGUGGGGUUUAUGAAGCUACAUAGCCCAGAAAGUGAGAUGCAGGAAGGAGUAAUGGGAAAGAAUUUGUCGUCUUUUCCAUUUUCGAGCUUUGGUAGGUCUUCCAAGACCAAAGCCACUAUUUCAAUAGGGACCAAUUUUACAAUACAACCGAGAUUUUUCCUUUUUCGCUUCUACUCCUAUUGGCUAUUUUGCUUUUUAUUUUUUUUUAAUAUUUGGACAAACAGAAAGUAUCAAGGACGAUUAUGGAGCCAAAUUGUCGAUGAUGCAAUCCAUUAGCUCACUGCCCACAAAAUGACAAAUAAACUCAUUAAUAUCAGAAUUCUAAACUUGAAAGUUCAAACCAGUAUUAAGGCUCAAUCAUGCUUGCAGUGAAAGUGGAUUCUUACAACAUAUCAUAGAUGUAAUAUAUGUUAUUUGCUUUCUUAUGGUUCUAAUGUGGAUAGUGGAUUUAGAUUUUGACACAGAAUAUUCCAACUAAUUUGGCACGUUCUUUGUCAUCAAGAUAAGAACCUGGAAAAAAGA